AUGUGUGUCGACCCGGCCUCAUGAACUGAAUGCACGUCCUGCACGUGUUCUGUGGAGGGAGUCCGAAGAACUCGAGUCACGUCGGGCAACCAUUUGAGCCUUCAGGUGUUUCUAUUCCUUUCUGAUUGCGAGCCAGUUAGUUCUGAUGUCUGCUUGCCUCAUAUCAUCCUGGGACUGAGGUCUAUUCUGGGUCUGCCUGGGUUCCUGGGUGCUGAAGUUCUGCUGUGCUAGAACGUGGGACUCGAUGAAAGAUGACAGAGGAGGUGAUUGUUAUAGCCAAGUGGGACUACACGGCUCAGCAGGACCAGGAACUUGACAUCCGGAAAAACGAGCGCUUGUGGCUCCUGGAUGACUCGAAAACCUGGUGGAGAGUCCGCAAUGCCUCCAACCGUACAGGCUACGUCCCGUCCAACUACGUCGAGCGUAAGAAUAGCCUCAAGAAAGCCUCGCUUGUGAAGAACCUGAAAGAUACUCUCGGUCUCGGCAAAACAAAAAGGAAGACAAGUGCACGUGAUUCCUCUCCCACACCCAGCACAGAUGCAGAGUACCCAACCAACGGGAGCGCAGAAGGCAGUGGAGUGGGUGGGGCAGAGCGGAUCUACGAUCUGAACAUUCCGGCCGUGGUGAAGUUCUCCUACACAGCAGAGCGCGAUGAUGAGCUGAGUUUACUUAAAGGAGACCGGGUGGUGGUGAUGGAGAAGUGCAGUGACGGCUGGUGGAGGGGGAGCCACGACGGGCGUGUGGGCUGGUUUCCCUCCAAUUAUGUCCGCGAGGAGCCGGCCUAUGCGGAUACAAGUGCAGGGGACACGUUGGGGGGCUUUCGCUCCCUAAGAGCUGGGCAAGGGUUGGGACUUGUCAAUGGCCGGCUGGCAGGUGCAGGGAGCAAAGUACUCCAUGUGGUCCAGACUCUGUACCCUUUCAGCUCGGUUACUGACGAGGAGCUGAACUUUGAGAAGGGCGAGACCAUGGAGGUGAUGGAGAAGCCUGAGAAUGACCCUGAGUGGUGGAGGUGUAGGAACAGCAAGGGUGUGAUCGGCCUUGUGCCCAAGAACUAUGUGGUGGUGCUGAAUGAAGGGCCUGCUGGACGAGGCCCCGCCUCCCCGCCCAUCAGCCACAUGGGCCCUUCCCGUACAGGCAGGUUUGCAGGCAAGGAGUGGUACUACGGUAACGUGACACGGCACCAGGCAGAGUGCACGCUCAACGAGCGAGGAGUCGAGGGAGACUUCCUUAUAAGAGACAGCGAGUCCUCGCCCAGUGAUUUCUCCGUGUCUUUGAAGGCAGUGGGGAAGAAUAAACACUUCAAGGUGCAGCUGCAGGACGGAGUGUACUUCAUUGGCCAGCGGCGCUUCAGCAGUAUGGACGAGCUGGUGGAGCACUACAAAAAAGCUCCCAUCUUCACCAGUGAACAGGGAGACAAACUCUACCUGGUGAAACCUCUUGCCUGAACUUGGCUCUAUCCUACUAGACUCGUUUUGCCUUUCGUUCACUAUUUCUUUUGCCUUCUUCUUCUCUCUGCCUGCCUCCUCGCAGGACUUUAAUCAAGCCUUGAGGCUGGAUGGCAGGAUCUUUUCAUGAGCAAAAACAGAAUAUCUUGCUUCAGAGCCCUGUACUUUCUCGCCAGGCUCUGUCGAGGGGAAACUGGGUGUUCUUUUAAGAAGCAUGUUAAACGUUUUUUUUUUGUUUGUUUUUUUUUUUGUUUAAAGUUUGAAUUCCAGCCUCUGAGGAAGGCCUAGAAAUAAAUAUGGUCUGAUUCACCGUGUGACCGUUGUUAGCACACCUUCUACGUUUUUGGCGUACAGCUCUUCGGCUCUUACUGGCUUUGGUACAAUAACAUCUGCGUGUACAUCCUAUCUCACUCCAGCUUAGACCGUUUCAGAUAUUUCACUUUGUGCAUUAAUAAGAAGCAAAUCAGCCUGCAGUAGGAAGGAUUAGGUUUUUGGUCAUAGCAUGUGAUGAGCAGCUAAGCACUGCUUUAUGUAUACGGUGUUUAGGGGGUAAAAAAAAAAAAAAAAAGCAUGCAGUGCACGAUGGGAUGCAGCCCAGAUUGUGUGUCCACCUAAAGAGCCAAUAUGCAGAGCGCAUCAGCUUCUUUGCAUGUCCGCCACUGCAACUGUAUUCAGUUUAAAUGUACUUCAGCACUGGACUGGGAGCUAAAUACGACCUACUGCUAAUCCGAACGGUGCGCUGUCUUAUCCUCCUGAGACCUUUUCGGCCUUGAAGCUGACUUCCGUUCCUGCCAGCUCUCGAUCUCACUGACUCAGUGCACACAGUGUGGAACUUGGCUUCUCGGGUUCUUCCUGUACUCAGCUCAAAUGUUUACCAUGAAUACAAGUCGCUCUUCAGGGUUUCUUUAGGUUCAGGGUGCUUAAUAAAGGGGCUACGUCUAUCAGCCCUGAUGAAUCGAGGAAGAGGAGGGGCUAAGUAUCUUCGAAGCCCAGCCAGGGGUUUGAAUGUGUCUCCUUCUUCAGCCAAAUGUGCCACAUAUCUCUAGUAUGGCUAUGCUUAGUGCUCUUAUCAACUCAGAGUUCCCUGACAUGCACACAUCAUCUCUUCUCCCAAUAAUACUCACACUCGCCUAGUGGAUCGUGAAACACUAAGAGUAAUAAUACAUGAAAGCGUUUUUUGUUUUUUUUUUGUAGAUUAAAGUCUUCACUUUUGCCACAUCUGUGUGUUUACCAAGAAGAGUGUUGAUUGAGUUUUUUUUUUUUUUUAAAGAUAUGUCUGAAUGUUAUUGAGCAAUGUUAUUUAAUUCUUCUUACCACUAUAUGUACAUAUAUAAAUAUACA